UUUCAAAUUAAAAUUACUGGUAGUGCCGGCAGCAGUGAAAACCUAAGUUCAUCAUUAGUUCGAACUGUGUCUUAAUUUUGGAGCAAUUUUAUCAAUAUCGGAAGAUGACAAGGAUCAAAUGAAAUGUUGAAUAUGGCGACCAGUCAUUGUCGUACCGUACAUAUCACCAAUCUAUACUUGCUUACGCAAUGGUCCUAACUGCCUUUAACACUAUAUUUUUUAGAUUUAAUACUAAGUACUUCUAGUUUUAAAAUAACAUAGUUAUUAAAUCGUGACAUGGGUUGCCCUUGUUCUAAGUUUUCAUCAGAGGAUGAAGAUGGCGAAGAAGUUAUUGAGGUAAGUAAAUCAGUUGAGGAUAAUGUGACGGAAUUGAAUGUUUUGGCAGAUGAAGGAAAUCGUGAUCACGUCAUGGUCAUUGAUAUGGAGAUGGUGAAGGAAAUGAUUGAGCAGGUGAUUGAGGAUGCAAGGAAGGUGUUAAAGGCAGAGGCAGACCGAAUGAGAGAUAGAUUAGAAGACAAAGACAGCAGCGCGGAAAUAAACACAAAAGAAAAGCUGGAAAUACACCGUAGAGUGCAAUCUACUAUGUGUUCUGACGAAGAAGACGCAAAGAAGAUUGGGAUCAGUUGGUCAGACGCGAUUCGCCAACAGAAACAUCUGUUUUUGAUUCAGAAGAUUCGUCGUGGACAUUGGAAAUUAAAGAAAAGUUCGCAUGCCUACGCACUCAGGAUACAAUAUGUCAUCAGAAAUAUUUGGUGAAUGGCAAUAUCUUUUACGUUGACAAGGAAAAGAGAUUGGAUUCAUUAAGAAGAAAGACCAUACACGAGCCAAGAGGACGAGGGAGAAUCUUACAAUAUCAACGAAGAUCUUACAUCGACGAGGACUUGAGCAACGAAGAUUAAUUUUAGUUAUUAGCAAUAUUUUAUUCAAUCAUUCCAUUCAUCUAUAUUGUUUUUAUUUUUAAUUUUAUUACUUCUGGUUUAUAUUUGUUUCCAUUUUUAUUCAGAAAUGUCGCCAUGUAUUUUACGGUCAAAUGUGAAAAUAUAUUUUAGAUAUGUUACCAUAAAAAUUCCCGAUACAGAAGCCCAUUUUGCGUUAUUUAGCAUAUUUCAAUAAUCUACGAACCAGAUAAAUAUACGACGUUAGUACGUGGGAAAACUCAAAUUUAAGAAUUAUUGUUCGAACGAAAUUUAAUAAACUGCUGGUACUUACUCAUAUAUUCUAUGCUUUUAUAGUCAUAUUUUCGAAUUUUGCUCAAGUCAAGCUCGACCACAAGUUUUAUGCGUUUAUUGACCGAGUAUAAUGCAUGUUAUAUUUCUGAAUCGUUUUACAUUUGAACUUCGCAUAGAGUGCAAGUUUUAAAACAUGUAUCGCCAAAUGUUAUUUUUUUUUAUAUAAAACUCUAUAUAUGAAUUUUUAUUAUUAUUAUUAUUUAUAUUUUACACAUGACAAUGUGAGGCAUUUAUCAAUUUAAUGUAAUAAUUUUAUGUUUAUGAUUUGUAGUCUUGUUGCGUAUCUUUAAUUGCCAACCAUCAGUGAGAGAAGAUUGUUCCUCUAAGCUUCCCAACAUGAACCCCUAUUUGUUUAUUCAAAGUCAUAUGGAUCCCAAAAUGUUUAUUGGAAAUACACAAGUUAAAUCACAUGAUGUCUUAAUAGAACUAUUCAUUUUUAGUGUAAUCAGUAGUAUUAAUAUAUUCAAAUGGACUGGCGGAAAGCUAUGCCUGUGGUCCUUGCUUAUCGAGUUUACGCUUUUCAUUUUGUUUGGUUCUGGUACUAAUUUGCAUAUUCAUUUUGAUUCAAAGUUUGAAUGUUUAAAGAUCAAAGCACUUCAAUUAAUGUAGCCAAGAUAGGUUUAUUCAAAUAUUUUUCGUUUCAUUUCAGAACUCUUAGUCACCUCACAUAGAUUGGGGCAGUUUUGUCACCCUACUGCCCGCUGGUUUCCUAGUACUCGGAGAAAAAAAGUGUUGUAAAAUAAAUUCAAGUUUUAAUUUUCUAACAAAAAUUAUCGAUAAAAAACUAACAGAAGUUACAUUGAGAACCUUGUGUCUGCUUGUUAUCCGCAAGCAUCGAGAUCCAAUUGACCCCUAAUCCAACUUUCGGUGAUCUUUCGUUAUUUUGUUUAUCCAACAACUUAUGAAAAAUGAAACAACUUUAAAAACUUGUACUGAUUUAUAAUUAUCUCUUUAUCUUUAAAUUCCGUGCAAUUUUGCUGUAGGGUAGUUCUCUAGGCCCUGCUCUAAGUUGUUAAUCAUAACUAUGUAACUUGUGUUUUUUUUUUGUCGACCUUGUUCACUUCAAUAACAUUAAUGUAAUAAUAUUGAAUUUAAUGACAUUUCAGUAUUGAUCGUGUAUUAAUACAUUAUUUUUCACUGAUGAUUAAACAACAUAUUAUAUUUAUUGUAAUUUUUUAUUUUUAGAGUAUUUUACAUUUGGUAUUGUGUUUUACAAACUUAAAUUUUUUAAUUUUUUAGAAACAUGUAAUUACUUAGUUUUAUCAAUAUCAGGCGUAAAUCAUAAUAAUUAGUUACGUACGUUU